AUGAACCACGAAUCAGACCCGAUUCGGGCAAACCACAUUACGCCAUUACCAGAAGCGCCCUCGGCCACCGCCGCUGCACCUGCAGCAGCCCCGACAUCCCCUGUCGUUCGGGCUGAUAUGACCGUGCCCGCUCCAGUUCCGAGUGUGACUGCGCCAGUCACGCAGGACGGGCAACUUGCCAAGAUUGACCAGCUGCAGAUCAUUGACGAGGCUCAACACUUCACUCCGAACCUGAACAAGUACUUGACCAAGUGGGAUUUGAUAAACAGCGGAUUCGACUACAAUGUUGUCGCCGUGUUUGGGUCCCAGUCGACCGGCAAGUCGACGCUGCUGAACCGCCUGUUUGGCACCACCUUUGACAUCAUGGACAGCAAACGCCGCCAGCAGACGACCAAGGGUAUCUGGAUGUGUCCUUCGGCGUACUCGGCGGCCUUAGUCAUGGACGUCGAGGGUACGGACGGUCGAGAGCGCGGAGAGGACCAGGACUUUGAGCGCAAGAGUGCGCUCUUCUCCCUCGCGAGCAGCGAGGUCCUAAUUGUCAACAUCUGGGAGCACCAGAUUGGCCUGUACCAGGGUGCAAACCUGGGGCUGCUCAAGACGGUGUUUGAGGUCAAUCUGAGUCUCUUUGGAGGAAGCGCGGAGGCUGCGGCCCGCCCCAAGGAGAAGACCCUCAUCCUGUUUGUGAUUCGCGACCACUCGGGCUACACCACGCUCACCAGUCUGGCCGACACGCUCAAGGAAUCGAUGGCCGAGAUUUGGCAGAGCCUCUCCAAGCCGACUCACCUGGCGAACGCCAAGCUCGACACAUACUUUGACCUGUCGUUCGCCGUGCUUCCCCACAAGAUCCACCAGCCUGAGAAGUUUGAGGCAGACGUCGUGGAGCUGAGGAGGCGUUUCGUGGACAAGACACGCCCAGACUACGUCUUCCAGCCCUCAUACCACAAGCGCAUCCCGGCUGAUGGCCUCAACCACUACAUGGAGGGCGUCUGGGCGCAGGUCCUCGCUAACAAGGACUUGGAUCUGCCGACGCAGCAGGAGCUCUUGGCGCAGUUCCGCUGCGACGAGCUCGCGGCUGGCGUCACCGAGCUCUUCAACGUCAGCUCCAAGACAGUGCGCAGACCAAUCGAGAGCGGCAAGGUUGUCGCUGGUCUCGGCAAGCUCAUGUCUGAGUGGCUGCAUGUUGCCUUGACUAGCUUCGACGCCGCCGCCUCGCGCUACCACCCUGGCGUGUAUCAACGCAAGCGCCAGGAUCUUGUGACGAACCUGCACGCAACCCUGUCGCCACUGUACCUGGGCGAGCUCAAGAACACGAACAAGGCCGUGUCGGCCAUGUUUGUGACCGACUUGACUGCGGCGCUCAAGGAGCCUUCGUACGACUUUGCCGAGGUCGUCUCGCGGUGUACGCGUGACGCGCGCAAGUCCUUCCUCGCCGUCGCGAAGGAGAGCACCAUCGAGGGUUCUGGUUGGGAGUAUGAGCAGGAGCUGGCGUUACUGGACGACAGCCUCAAGUCGAUCGCGGACAAGUCGCGUGCCGACGAGACCAAGAAGAUGGUCAACGGCAUCGAGCGCACCGUCAAGAGGCAGCUGUACGAGCCUGUCGAGAUCGCGCUCAGCAAGCCGUCGCCGACAAUGUGGGACAAGGUCCUCUCGACGUACCGCGACGUGACGAGAUCGGCUGAACAAUCGUACCUGAAGAAGGCAAAGGCUUACGACUGUACCGAGGAGGAGAACGAGGUCGCGCUCAGAAGCUUGGCGACGCGUUCGUGGCUCGCACUUCACCACAAGCUCGAGGAGCAGACAGCCGACCCCGUCGUGCUCUCUACGUUACGCGACAACUUUGAGCAGAGAUUCCGGUACGACGAGCAUGGUGUGCCACGAGUCUGGCGUCCUGAGGAUGACCUCGAGGGCGCGUUCAAGACGGCGCGCGACGAGACUCUGACGCUUCUCCCCCUCUUCGCCAAGGUCAAGCCGAAGGACGAGGAGCUUCUGCCAAAGCUGCCAGUGCCAGACGCAACGGAGACCGACUCGGACCCCGAGAAUUUCGACCCCGAGACAGCGUUUGUACUUGUCAAGCCGUCCCGCCUCUCGCAGCUCGAAGCGCGCUUCAAGCGCGAGGCGGACGCGGCCUACGUCGAGGCCAAGCGGAGCAUGGUAUCGAGCGUCUCCCAGAUCCCCUUGUGGAUCUAUGGUGCCCUCGUCGUCCUGGGCUGGAAUGAGGCCAUGGCCGUUCUCUUCAAUCCACUGUACUUUGCCAUGCUCCUCGUCGCGGCGGCCAGCGCGUACCUUGUCCUCCAGCUCGGCCUCGCCGGUCCCAUCUUCCAGGUCACGCGCACGGUUGCGAACGAGGUCAAGAGGAUAGGAACCGAGAAGCUGCGCGAGGCAUUUGCCGAGCCGGCGCCGCAGCGCACUCUCGAGCACCCACACCGCGCCGAGUCGGGGGUCAACGCCAGCCGUCCCGAGAGACGGGGCCAGUUUGAGCAUUACGAGCUCGAGGAGAAGUAG